CCAGCACCAACACCGACAUCGACAUCGACAGAACAAUCAACUUACGCCUUUUCAUACCCGGCCACCAACACAUUCUACACCCGCGCGCAACUAAAUGAAUGGGCUCAGGGUAAAGUCAACGCGAGAGGGGACACGGUGUACUUCAGACCGAAUUUCGUAUCUGAUGAUCCUUGGGCAAGACUCAGGACGCAGAAGACGAGUCAAUGA